CAGGACAGCAAACCACUGUUUUCUGCUUAUGUGGACAGAUAUUCUGUUGCUGCUCAGUGUGGAGGCACUCUAUGCAGCUCAAGGUCAGGAAGAUCCAGCAGCAGCAGCAGCAGCCUCAGGGAACUGUCCCAUCUGGAUCCUGGGACCCGCAGAGGCAGGUGGGCACGAGUUUCCCCCUGCUGCAGCUCCCAGCCUCAGUAUAGGGACACUAUGCAGGGCUAUAGGACUCUGAGGAGGAUGUGAGGCCUGGACUGCUGUCAGCACCUCCCACAGCACUGUCGGUCCUGCCAGCCUGAGCCUGUGCCGGAGGAGGCGAGGGGGGGAAUGGGCCCGGCCUCACUGCAGGACGACACAGAGCCGGAGGAGAAAGAGCCCAAGGAGGAGAUGGAGAGUUACCGCUACCUUCUGCAGGCCGGCUCCCAGCUGGAGAGCACUCUGCAGCAGGUGACUGUCCCUUUGAGCUUGAAGGAGGUUGGAGGCUACAUAGAGAAACAAGUGGCGUACCUGUCAGGGGGCCGCGGGGAAGACUCCAGUGUCAUCAUCACGCUCCCAGAAUGCUCAGCUUUCAGUGACAUUCCAGAGGAAGCUUUAGCCAAAGUCUUUACGUACCUCACUCUCAUCCCUCGAACGAGGCAACCCGGAGUCAAAUUCAUCAUCAUCUUAGACCGAAGACUGGACACAUGGGCCUCUAUCAAAACUGCACUCGCCAGGAUCGCUGCUUCGUUUCCUGGGAACCUCCACCUGGUCCUGGUGCUCCGACCCACCAGCUUCUUCCACCGCACUGUUACCGAUAUUGGCUUUCGCUUCAGCCAAGAGGACUUCAUGCUCAAGAUGCCAGUGGUGAUGCUGAGCUCAGUCACAGACCUGCUGCGCUACAUCGAUGAGAACCAGCUGACUUCAGAGUUCGGAGGCACGUUGGACUAUUGUCACAGUGACUGGAUCGUUUUACGAACGGCUAUUGAAAGCUUUGCUGUGACGGUGAAAGACAUCGCACAAAUGCUGCAGGGCUUUGGCACUGAGCUGGCAGAGACGGAGCUGCCUGACGAGGGCAAAGCCAUCGAGAGUCUCCUUGAGUCUCACACUGACAAGUACAGGAAGCUCAAAGGUGCAAUCAGGUCCGUGUCAAAGGAGGGCCGUCAUCUCCUCCUGAGCCUGGAGACCUCUGGGAAGGAGGAUGACUCCCAGUGGGAUGUGAAGCUGGACUGGGAGACAGUACAGAGGCUUCUUGCGCAGCUCAGAGACAUGGAGUCGGCCUUCGAUGGCUUCUUUGAGAAGCAUCACCUGAAACUCCAUCAGUACCUGCAGCUACUCAGAUAUGAGCAAAGCUUUCAGGAGAUGGAGCUGUGUCUGGACCAUCUGAUGGCUCAGGAGAGGGAGCUGACAACAUCCGUCGACACUAUGGCUCAAACAGAACAGGCGCUCAAAAGGUUGGACGGUCUGGAAUCAAAUGCACAGGAGGUGAUGACCCGAGCUCAGAUCAUCAUCCUUCACGGACACCAGCUGUCAGCUGGUCACCACUACGCCAUGGCUCUGAUUAUGCAGCGCUGCAACGAACUUCGCCACUACUGUGAUACACUGAAUGCUGCUCUGAAGACCAAACACACUCGUCUUCUGCAGACACACCAGCUGCUGCUUUGUCUUGGACAGGCCCAAACUUGGUGUGAUGACGGCGCAUAUCUGCUGGCCAAUCAGCUGGUAGAUAAGUUCCAGUCUAAAGACGGGGCCCAGGCUGCUUUGAGGGACAUUGAGGGGUUCCUGGAUGGGGCGCCGUCCAUGCUGAGCUCAGGACCCGACGUUCUGACCAUUGAGUACGAGGCUGUCAUCACAUCGCAGCUGCAGGCCAAGAUAGGGGAAACGUUUGAGAAGCAUGCCGCGGUGCAGCAGAUGAUCCAGAACCGACAGGCUUCUCUCAGGAAGCUGGCCGACAAACACGUGCGACCGGUCCAACUGGUGGCCCCGAGGCCCGAAAACCCACCGCGUUCCAAGUCCCCCCUCUUCUCCCCCAAGCAUGGGGAUGGUUUGAAGUUCACAUUCGACCUUUCUCUGCCUGGGAAGAGAACAUCCCGGAAGAGCCCCAACCCCAGAAAAAUCGAGGUGAUCCACGACUACCAGGAGAGCCGGAGCUGUGUGUCGUACAGUCUGGAGGGAGAGGACAGCCCAGAUCUGUUGAAGCGUCAUGUGAUGAGGGAACUCAUAGAGACAGAACGAAUCUAUGUGGAAGAGCUGCUGGCAGUUUUGCUGGGUUACAGGGCUGAGAUGGACAACCCAGCUCUUUCAGGGCUUCUGCCCCCGAUCCUGCGCAGCAAGAGAGACAUCCUCUUUGGAAACAUGCCUGAGAUCUACAAUUUUCACAGCAGGGUCUUCCUCCAGGACCUAGAAGGAUGCCUGGAGGCUCCUGAAGGUGUGGGAGCUUGCUUUCUAGAGCGGAAAGAGAGUUUCCAAAUGUACGAGUGUUACUGUCAGAAUAAGCCGCGAUCCGAGGCGCUGUGGAGACAGUUCUCAGACUGUACCUUCUUUCAGGAGUGUCAGAAAAAGCUGGAGCACAAACUGGGCCUGGAUUCCUACCUGUUGAAACCGGUCCAACGCCUCACCAAAUACCAGCUGCUGCUUAAGGAACUGCUGAAAUACAGUACAGACUGCGAGGGGACUUCUGAGCUGCAGGGGGCACUCACAGCGAUGCUGGACCUGCUCAAGUCUGUCAACGACUCCAUGCAUCAGAUCGCCAUCACAGGAUACGAGGGGGAGAUUUGCGAGCUGGGCCGGGUGUUGAUGCAGGGCUCGUUCAGCGUGUGGAUCAGCCACAAGAGAGGCCCCACGCGCAUGAAGGAGCUGGCCCGCUUCAAGCCGAUGCAGAGACACCUCUUCCUGUACGAGAGGGCCCUGCUCUUCUGUAAGAAGAGGGAGGAGCACGGAGACGGCUGCGACAAGACGCCGUCGUACAGCUUCAAGCACUGUCUGAAGAUGACUGCUGUGGGGAUCACAGAGAACGUCAAGGGAGAUGUGAAGAAGUUUGAGAUCUGGUACAGUGGCAGGGAGGAAGUGUACGUGGUUCAGGCUCCUACAGUGGAGGUGAAGAUGGCCUGGCUCAACGAGCUUCGCAGAAUCCUGACUAACCAGCAGAAGAUGCUCAGAGAUGAAGCAUAUCAACAUGGUCAGAUGGUUGGACACAUGCAGCUCUCUCCGCCACACUCUGAGAGCAAGCAGCAGAGGGCGUCGGUGAGCUCAGAGGACACCGAGUCGGGGAGGAGCAGUCCAGACCCCCAGCCGCACUCCCCUAAACACCAGCACAACCGCAGGAGUUGGCCCGGAGCUCAUCACUCGGUAGACAUCUGCGAGGGUCUGGAGGAGUGGCCUGGAGGUCGGGACCCCUUCCACCCAUCCGACACAGAGGACGAGGUUUUGGUGCAACUGUCUCCGGGCAGAUACAUGGCUUUGGUUGACUGUCUUCAAAACGGACCGGACAGCAUCCCCAUCAAGUGUGGAGACGUCAUCCAGCUGCAGUGUGAAGACAGCAGGGGACGCUGGCUGGUGAAGAAUCUAAGUCGGCGACAGGAGGGCUUCAUAGCGGCUGCCAGCCUGCAGCAGAUUAUAGGAGACAGCAGUCGAGGACACUCCUCCAGACUAGGGGACCCGGGGAACCUGAAGGUGAGAAAGCUCAGCUCCCCAUAGAGAAGAAAGCACAGAGUGCGAAUCCAAUAUUUACCUGUGGACGACGAACAGACAGAAGGAACAGAUUGAGCCAUAGCUGUCGUACUCCUCACUCCGCGGUCUGCUUCCUCCAGCACAGUUCAAACAUUACAGAGAAGACCAGACUUUUUUUUUUUUUUUUUUCGAGACCAGUAUUUUCUGACUGUGAAGGUGUGCCGCUGAUGCACCAGCGCAAAAAAACAAAAAAAGGCUCAGGAACUGUUUUAGCCCUCUUUGGACAGUCAACAGCUGAUCCCAGGAUCCUGAUUGGUCUUCCUCUUUCCAGUAGCUUGUCCUUCUGGCGCUCUCAUCUGCAACACACACACAUACAUUUAGUCGGGAAGUGAAGUCGCCGCUGCAGCAUUUCACAGUCAUGUGGACACCUGUGAAACAUUUCCUCAUUCCACGUCACAUUUAAGACUGUACUUUCUCUGAGUGUGUGUUCCUGAUUGUCUCGUGUGUGCUGGAUGGAUGGUGAUCCAGGAUUUGCCUGAAAUAUUUCUUAAAGCAGAGACUUUUGUACAUAUAUACAGUAUCAUUUUUAACAUUUGUUGUACCUCAGUGUUUCAUCUUUGUGCCGUUGGUCGACGUUUUUUCCAUUGAACUUCUAAUUGUAUUUUUCUUACAUUUCAUUCCUUAAAGGGGCAGUUCACCAGAAUAAGUCAAAAAUACAUAUUUUUCCUUCGACCUGUAGUGAUAUUUGACCAUCUAGAUUGUUUCAGCGUGAGUUUUCGAGACAUCGUCCAUAGAGUUGUCUGCCUUCUCGCUCAACAGCAAAGUAUCUUUCUAGAAAUCAUGAAUCGAAUACUCAAGAUAAACCACAGAACCUGUUGUGAGCAGUUUCAUGCUGGAACUCUGCGUUGGUAUAAUCUCUCGCUGUCUCGAGCCCACACUUUGCUUUGUGUGACGAUACAGUAAUCAGGUGCGAAGAAAAUGGUUUCUACAUGAAACUGCUCACAACAAUGUCAGUUGAUUAUCUUGAGUGUUUCGGUCAGGAUUUCUGGAAAGAAAUCGCUGUUGAGUUUUACAAGUCACUUUCUGUGGGCCAUUUAGUUCCAUUAUAUCGAGAGAGUGCUCGCAAUACAUCGCCAAACCUCAGCAACUCACGCCAAAACAAGCUACCUGAACACAGAACCACAGGUGAGAAGAAAUGUUUGUGUUUUUGAUUUUGGGGGCUGAACCGUCCCUGGAAGGCACCGCUCUCGUGUGAAUUCUCGGAGUUAAAAUGCCAAAAUGUGCCAUGCCAUAAUGCCUUUUUUAUUCCUGCUCUUUUGGAGCCUGUUGUUUGUACUGUUCGCAAAAUCCAAAUACUCUGUUAUUGCUUCGACCUUGACCUCACGGAUAUUCAACAGGCACUUUAAUAAGGUGGACGGACAAAAGAGGCAGAACAAAAAAAAAAAAACAAUCAAAAAACAA